AUGAUUAGUAAGAGUUUGCCGAAAAUCUGUCUGAUGUCGCUAAUCCUCCUGACAAUUGAUGUCAACAUUCUUGUGUGGCGGAAGCCAUUCUGUACGGUCAUCAGGCCAGCUGCAGAAAUCUCAGAAUCUUUUCUAAAGAAUGGACACUGGAUGAUAAUUAAGAAGACCGAAUUCUACGUCCUAAGGAAUGCGCAUAGACGAUCUGAGACGUUUUAAGGAAAAGGCACUCAACGUGAAACUCGGAGGCUCCGUGAACCAGCCUUGGCAACUGAGCAUUACAUGGAUCGCAUAACGUCUCCAGAUUUCCUAUGCGCUCAGUGGCAGCAGUCUUCAAUGGAGAUGGAUGACGAAGACGAGUUAAAAGCCGAUACCGUUCGAGAUCAUUUAUCUGAAGAAGGCAAAGCAAAGGAGGCUCUGCUGCGACGAGAACUGCGACAAAUCAUGCAAAGCGUAGAUCUGGACAGCGUUACAAGUCGUGACAUUCGAGAAGCCCUUGCACAACGGAUAGGCUGCGUAGACGGACAUAAGGACUUUAUUGACCGUGAAAUGUUAGUGAUAUUGGGUCAGAUGGAUAAGCCAAGUCGUAUCUUCCCAUACUUGUUACUUGGAACAGAAUGGAAUGCUUCGAACUGGGAAGAGCUGAACCAAAAUAAUGUGGGAUACAUUCUGAAUAUGACGCGAGAAGUGGAUAAUUUCUUCCCGAUGCAUUUCAAAUAUGUGAAGAUCUCAGUAUCCGAUGAAGCAAGUACCAACCUCCUCAACAACUGGAACCUCACCUAUAGCUUUAUUAAGGAGGCAAAAGAAUCGGGUAAAGUGUGCUUGGUGCAUUGCAAAAAAGGAAUCAGUCGCAGUUCAUCUACGGUAAUAGCGUACGCAAUGAAAGAAUAUGGCUGGAGCUUAGAGCAUGCUCUUGCUUAUGUGAAAAAGAGAAGGAAUUGCAUAACCCCUAACAAGGGUUUCAUGGAGCAGUUACAAACAUUUGCGGGUGUACUUGAAGCGUCACGACAUCGCCAUGCUCCUCAAUUUAACGGGCGUGGUGGAACUCCUACCACUACUGCUGGAUCACGGGCACACUCGGCCUCAUGCAUUCGAAGUCCUCGUCGUGUCUCUUCUGCUACUGACUCUGUACGUUUCAUUAUACGCGAGUUUGAGCUACGGCGUCGUGGCGCCGAAGAUCCAGUCCGCCAUUCCUUUCCACUUGAUGUGAUAAGUAAGCGUAGUUCUAUUCAACAAAUUAGCUAG